UACAUGCGUAUUGAAAUCCAUGAAACUAUGAAACUUACCCAGAUUUCUCUUCGUGGUUCAUUCUCAUACACGAAUCCUUUUCACUUCCCCCGCAGAUUAUCUACGCAAGUCACUGUCAACCGCAUCCAGAACAACCAAAAGCUGAUUCACGGGAAUUUGAGCAGAUUGAGGUUUGCUUCGUUUAGCACUGCGGCCGCAUCUCACGUGUUUGAUGAAUUUCCUCUUCAAGAUAACGAUGGACAUGCCAACGGAUUGGUUUUUUUAAAUUUAAUGGAAGAGAGUGGAGUUCGAGCAAAUUCUCAUACAUUUUUAUGGCUACUGGAGGGGUGUUUGAAAUCUGGGUCUUUGGUGGAUGGAAAGAAGCUGCAUGGGAGGAUUUUGAAGGUGGGUUUUGAUAGAGAGCAAAUUUUAUUUGACAAAAUUCUGGAUAUCUAUCUCGCUGGUGGUGAUUUAGAUGGCGCAGUAAAGACUUUUGAUGAUAUGCCUAAUAGAAGUGUAUUCUCUUGGAAUAAGAUGAUUUCUUUUUUUGCUGUGAAGAAAUUGGCUAGUAGAGUAAUGUGUCUCUUUUACGGAAUGCUAUUGGAAAAUGUGUAUCCAAAUGAAGCUACAUUUGCUGGUGUUUUGAGGGCCUGCAGUGGUGGUACCGUUGGUUUUGACUUCGUUGAGCAGAUUCAUGCUAGGAUUUUUUAUCAUGGUUUUGGCAGUAGUCCAAUUGUAUGCAAUCCAUUAAUAUAUUUGUAUGCAAAAAAUGGCUUCGUAGACUCUGCUAGAGGUAUUUUUAAUAAAUUAUCUAUGAAGGAUAGUGUUUCUUGGGUGGCUAUGAUCUCAGGGCUAUCACAAAAUGGAAAAGAAGAAGAAGCUAUCCUUACAUUCUGCCAGAUGCACACGUCUGCAGUGUUCCCAACACCUUAUGUUUUAUCAAGUAUUUUAAGUGCUUGCACUAAAAUAGAGUUUUUUGAGACGGGAGAGCAGCUUCAUGGUCUUGUUUUCAAAUUGGGAUUUGCCUCUGAGACAUACGUUUGCAAUGCUCUUGUAACUUUGUAUUCCCGAUCUGGGAACGUAAUGUUGGCAGAAUACAUUUUCAGCCAAAUGCAGUGCAAGGAUGGAGUUUCAUAUAACUCACUGAUAUCUGGGUUAGCAUGGCAGGGUUUCAGAGAUAGAGCUCUAGGUUUGUUCAAGAAUAUGCAGCUUGAUUGCAGGAAACCGGACUGUGUUACCCUAGCAAGCCUCUUGAAUGUCUGUGCUUCAAUUGGUGCUCUUUUUAAGGGAAAACAACUCCAUUCAUAUGUAAUAAAAGCGGGAAUGUCUUCAGAUAUUAUCAUUGAAGGUGCUCUACUUGAUCUUUAUGUGAAAUGCUCUGAUAUAGAAACAGCUCACAAUUUCUUUCUCACAACUGAGACAAAGAACGUUGUUCUAUGGAAUGUAAUGCUAGUUGCUUAUGGACUUUUGGAUAAUUUAAGUGAAUCAUUUCAGAUAUUUAAACAGAUGCAGAUUGAAGGAUUGGUACCUAAUCAGUUCACCUACCCUAGUAUCUUGAGAACUUGCACCUCAUUGGGAGCUAUUGAUCUUGGAGAGCAGAUUCACUGUCAAGUCACAAAAACUGGCUUUCAAUGUAAUGAGUAUGUUUGUAGCGUGCUUAUAGAUAUGUAUGCCAAGCUUGGACAACUAGAUACUGCAAGGACAAUCCUUAGGAGACUCAAAAAGGACGAUGUUGUCUCUUGGACAGCGAUGAUUGCAGGGUAUACACAGCACAAUUUGUUUGCUGAAGCUCUUAUACUUUUUCAGGAAAUGCUAAGCCGGGGGAUUAGAUCGGAUAAUAUAGGACUUUCUUGCGCAAUCAGUGCCUCCGCUGGUAUUCAAUUACUCAACCAAGGACAACAAAUUCAUGCCCAAUCAUAUGUCUCCGGCUAUUCAAAUGACCUUUCGAUUGAAAAUGCACUUGUCAGCCUUUAUGCUAGAUGUGGAAAAAUAAAGGAAGCAAAGUUAGCAUUUGACAGGAUAGAUGCUAAAGAUAAUAUAUCAUGGAAUGGUUUGAUAUCUGGACUUGCACAGAGUGGAUAUUAUGAGGAAGCAUUGCAGGUCUUUGCUAACAUGAAUACAGAUGGAUUACAGGCUGAUUUAUUCACAUUUGGAUCUGCAGUUAGUGCUGCUGCUAAUUUAGCAAAUAUAAAGCAAGGGGCAACGAUUCAUGCCAUGAUUAUAAAAACUGGUGUUGAUUCAGAAAAUGAAGUUUCAAAUGCUUUAAUCACAUUGUAUUCAAAGUGUGGUGACAUCGGUGAUGCAAGGAGAAAGUUUUAUGAAAUUCCUGUGAAAAACGAGAUAUCUUGGAAUGCUAUCAUCACAGGCUAUUCUCAACAUGGAUUUGGUAUUGAAGCCGUUAAACAUUUUGAGGAGAUGAAACAGGUAGGCUUAAAACCAAACCAUGUUACUUUUAUUGGUGUUUUAUCGGCCUGUAGUCAUGUAGGUAUGGUGAAUGAAGGACUUGGCUACUUUGAGUCCAUGAGGAAAGAAUAUGGCUUGAUGCCUAAACCUGAACAUUACGUGUGCAUUGUUGAUCUUCUAGGUCGGGCUGGUCUUCUGAGUCGUGCAAAAAAAUUUAUUGAGGAGAUGUCAAUUGAACCUGAUGCAAUGAUAUGGAGGACCCUAUUAAGUGCUUGUUCAGUUCAUAAGAACAUGGAAGUGGGAGAAUUUGCUGCCAACCAUCUUCUAGAGCUGGAACCUGAAGAUUCAGCUACUUAUGUUCUUGUAUCAAACAUGUAUUCUGUUUCUGGCAAAUGGGAUUCUAGAAAUCAGGCAAGGCAAAUGAUGAAAGAAAGAGGUGUCAAAAAAGAACCGGGUCUUAGUUGGAUUGAGGUUAUGAACAAAGUCCAUGCAUUCUUUGUUAGCGAUCGGCUCCAUCCAAUAGCUGAUAAGAUAUAUGAAUUCUUGGACGACUUAAAUAAGCGAGCAGCUGAGAUUGGAUAUGUGAAAGACAGUUAUAGCCUUUUGAAUAACUUAGAGCAAGAGCAAAAGGAGUCAACCAUGUCCAUUCACAGUGAGAAAUUGGCUAUUGCUUUUGGCCUCCUUAGUUUGCCUGAUGCAAUCCCCAUACGUGUGAUGAAGAAUCUUCGUGUUUGCAAUGAUUGCCAUAAUUGGAUUAAGUUUGUGACUAAAGUUUCAAAUAGGGCCAUUGUAGUACGAGAUGCACACCGUUUUCAUCAUUUUGAAGGUGGUCUAUGUUCAUGUAGAGAUUAUUGGUAAAAGAAAUUUGCACGAUGGUCGGGAAAAAGUAUUUUAUGGAGGCCUGAAAAUGCACUCAUUUUUCAGAGGAGUACUGUAUCCUCUGCCAGUUCAGAUCUUGCAGAUGCAUAUGUUCUUGAAGUUCCUGUCCACUAUUUCCAACUAACCAAGGAAUUGGCCGCAUCAGUGAUAGCAACUCAUGAAGGAUGGUGCGGAGAUUUUGUCCUUCUCUUUGAAGAUUUGAAAAGUUAGGCUUUCGGGAGACCUUUUCAUCUCUGGUGCCAAAACUGAUCCUGUUGCUAACAUUUUGGAGCUCAGCAGGAUUAUUGCUGUGGAAGAAACUGUACACGAUAUAUGUCUAUGCAACCAGAUCAGAGUGUCAUGAUUACUUGAAUCAGAGGAGGCAAAUUGUGAAAAAUGGGGGUGCAAUAAAGUAGCUGGAUACAAACUAAGAACUCAGUUCUUGUAUUGUUUUUCACAGAUCGACUCUGUCAACCAGUCGAUAGGAUGUAUGGGAUUCUGUGGGAUCUGAAUAAAAGGACCAAAUAAGGUUCUUCUUUGCCAGAAUGUUAUAGUCUUUUGAAUGACAUAGAGCGAGGCAAAAGGACUCAAAUAUUUAUACAUGG